ACUCAGUACUCGGAGAUGACAUCCCUGAACCUACCCAGGCGUCUUCCCUUGAGGACAUUUGUUCGUCAAAAAUUAAAAGAGAUCUAUAUAAAGUGCUUCUCAGCCGCCGCAGCUGCACGUUCAGCCAUGUCAAACGUUUUCUUCGAUGUCGCUGUCAACGAAAACCCGUCAGGACGAAUCGUCUUCAAACUCUACGAUAACGUCGUUCCUAAAACGGCUCGUAACUUCCGCGAACUCGCAACGGGUCAACACGGUUACGGUUACGCUGGGAGCUCAUUCCAUCGUAUUAUCCCAGGCUUCAUGAUCCAAGGCGGUGACUUCACGCGACACAAUGGGACGGGUGGGAAGUCAAUAUAUGGUGAACGGUUCCCUGACGAGAACUUCAAACUCCGGCAUAACAAGCCAGGUCUGCUCUCCAUGGCAAAUGCAGGCCCGAACACGAACGGAUCUCAAUUCUUCAUCACGACCGUAGUAACCUCCUGGCUCGACAACCGACACGUCGUCUUCGGUGAAGUUGUCGAAGGGAUGGACGUCGUUCGACUCAUCGAGAAGCAAGGUUCGGACUCUGGUCGACCGAAAUGCAAAGUCUCCGUAACCGCUUCUGGUACCAUCUAAUAUUAAUGCUGCUCCUGCUAUAUCUAUAUAUCGCUUCCCCCCUCCCUUUCUCUCCGUUCACUCCUCCGGUCCACCUUCUCGUUGAUGUCUUUGGUGUCGCUCUACCUUACACAAUGAGAUUUUACAAGUGGAGAACCUGACAUUUUUUUAAUUGAUUGACCGUGUCGAACAAUUAGGCCUUAUCAGGCAUAGUAUUAGUUUGAAGCGUCGCACCACAUCCAUCUAUCCCAUCCAUUUCGUUCCAUCUAUCUUUCCGCAUAGAUUCAAUAAUCACAUCCCUCUCCAGACUCUUGC